AUGUAUAAAGAAAUGUUAGAAUUGCGAGAAACCGUACAGAAAUUAAACAAUGUCAUGCAAAAACAAAGUGCCCGGAUAUACAAUCUUGAAACAACAGACACUAUACAAAGAACACAUAUUCGAAGUCUAAUGUUCGAUAAGAAAACAGACAUAGAAUAUCGUCGGAAAAUUGAACGCUGUUUUAAAGUGAUUGAAAAAAAUAAGUGUGUUAGGCAACAUUCCGAUCUGAAUGAAUAUGGCGUGAAACACGGUGAUAUUUCUCAACAUGAACAUGCGGAUGAACAGGAAAAUACGGAUUAUAAGAGUGGAAUAUAUGGAAUCGUUAAAGAAAUGGUUAAUCCGAAAUCGAAUGCAAUUUCUCGGAAAGAACGUAUACUUUUACAACCAGAAAACAUGGCCGGCGAUGGACUUGUUGCGUUCUAUUCCUACAUGUCCCAUUCAGAAUGUAAUCCAAGUACCCGUCAUACAUUGAUAUAUGACGUCUCCGUUACCAAUGUAGGAAGCGGUUACAACCAAGUGACUGGAAUUUUUACUGCACCAACAAGUGGGGUGUAUGUGUUUAUAUGGGUUACCAGAGUUUAUGAUGGUGAACAUCCUACCGAACUUAUGAUUAACAACACGGUUUACGGAAUCACUUUUCUCCGAUCAAAAGGUGGCGAUGAUUGA